AUGAUUCAAAGUGUAACGACUGAUAUUAAAGUGUGCCAAAACUAUUUAAAAAAUCCAGUUGAUAAUUUUAAAAAUUAUAGAAAUGAUAAUGUUUUCGAGGAAAAACUUGCUCAAGCUAGAGAACUAGCAGCCGCACUUGAGACAGAGCAAGGUUUUCCUCCAUUAAAUACUGUUAGACGAAAGUAUAAACCCAAACAAUUCGAUUAUGAACAGAGAGAAGAAACACCUCAAGAUCCAAAAACAGUGUUUAAAAUAUAUUUCUUCUUAAAAAUAAUUGAUCAAACACUAAGUUCUUUAAAUAGCAGAUUUGAAAUGAUAUCUGAUUACGACAACGUUUUUGGUUUUUUUAGUGAUAUUUUUAAAUUAAAUGACGAGGAUCUUUUAAAACUCUGUCGUGCUCUACAGCAAAAGCUAACUGAUUAG